ACAGCAUACAUGUAGAUGUUGUUGACAGUGUCCGGGCACCAACAGGACAAGAUCACAAACAUGAAGCUGAUUCUGAUCCUCUCUCCUAUUAACAAAACCCCUCGCAGAAUCCCACUCCAUUUGAUGCCAAUGCUGGAAUAGGAGCCAGACAAUCCGAUGCUGAUCUCUGUACUGGCUAUGAGAGUUUUGAUUAUGAAACUAAGAGCUUUUGUGGUACUUUGGUUGAGGAUAUUAUCAUAUCACUUGACGUACACUCACAAGAUGCAGAAAUAAUCACUCAAAGAAAGUUUUGGAAUGUCAUCCUUCAUCAGAAAAUUCCAGUGACCACAUGCCUAGUAGCCUUCAUGGGUCUACCUUGCACUGGAAAGACGAUAGCCAUAGAGGGGAUGCUUAAAGAGUUUAUAAAGCUAAAAGAAGUGUCAACAUUUAGCUUUGAUGACUACAUGAAAAGAAAAAGAAACAACGAGUGUCUCUCAAUCUACGAGUUGUGCGUGCUUGGUGGCUUGCCACAUGACGAGUAUGCAUGGUCCUUUGCCACUAAUCGCUAUGGUGCAAUCAAUUCGAUCAUUUGCUCUCUUGCAUGUCAGUAUUCUUCAAUUACUGAAGCUGUUUUUGAGUUAACUAAGAAAAAGCCAGAAUCAUUCGUUGAUAAGCACGUUCAAUGGCUGAUGGAGGAGGUCAGCAAUCACUUGGGAAAGAUCAAAGAGGAAAGAAUGAAGCUGUCACUCAUUCAAGAUGGUAUCUCGCUCAUUAAUGUCAUGGAUGUUGGGGUCAAUAAAGCUAUUUAUGAUUUUCUGUCGAUAAUGUUAUUGUCCUGCAAGAGACAUUUUCGUGUUGCUUUCUUCUCAUUGGAUAGAGAUGCUCCUCACCUUAAUGAGGUACCUGAUUUAUCUCAUAGCCGUUAUGACAAGUGUAAUGAUAGCAAAAUAGUUAUGAGAGAAAGGUCUCGACUUUCAUAUCUCCUCCAUUUUGGUACUCUUGGUUACAAGAAAGAUGAUCCUGACGCCAUUGAUGCAUGCAACACAGUAAUGGUUGCUACAAAAGAAGAAAGCACCGGCUCUGAUGCUGUCACUGCACCUGAAGAAAACUCUGUAAAAGAAGCAAAGCAAGCAAUAUUAAAGGAAGCAGAGAAUGAAGGUGUUGAUAGUUCCUGAAGGAAUGGGAGCUUGUUAAUUUGAGGGAUACAGGUACCUUAAAGAGCCUUGGUAAGACUCUUCAAGAUAUCAUUAAAAAGGUCAACCAGUACAAACUUGACCUUCCUCUUUGUUGGAUCAUAUUGCGUAGUCUUGUUUCGUCACUAAACCCACAAUCUUCCCAUCAGCCAAAUUCAAAAGCUAUUAUUAUGCAUAAAGAUUUUAUAAUCAGAGAAGCCGCUCAUCUGAAUAUGAAUCUAAAAGAUGUGGAAGAUUUUCUCGCCUUCACUGAGUUUGGUAGCAUUCUAUACAUGCCUCAAUUUGAAGAUAUCAAGCAUCUGGUCAUUGUCGAUAUUUAUGGAUUCACUCAGUUCACAGAUUGUUCUAUCCUCCUAAUCCUGAGGCACCAUAUGUCAAGCAUCUAUUGAAGUAUGGUAUCAUUUCACUCCAGUCUAUUCAGGCAUUGUUAGGCAUUGAUGUUGUGAACAGUUUAAUGGAAAUACUGACAUCAUU